AUGAAUUCAAUGCAUCUUUACUCAAUAUUAUUUAUUUUAAGUGUUAUUUACCCAUUUUCUGACUCGUUAAGUGUGGAAUGGAAUGCUCGAAUUCGACGAAAGGAUUCGACAUUUAUAGAAAUAAAAUGUAUUUUGAUUGAUUCAGUAGUUAAAGAAUGCUGUGACACACAUAUAACAGAACAUGAUACAGAAAAUACAACAGUAACAGAAUUCUGUGUAUUUGAUGAAAAAUUUCGAGUUAAAUAUCAAACACAAAAUGGUCAAAAUAUUAGAAGUACAAUUGAAACUUUUGGACAUUUUUUUCCACGAUUAAUGAAGCCCCGUGAUUUUGACAAAUGCUAUUAUGAUUCCAAUAAUGUUCGAAAUGUUCAAUGGACUAUCAAAAAUAAAGAAGAUAAUGGUAGUGUCAGUGAUACAAAAGCGUUCCUCAUUGUACUUGGAAUAUUUGUAGUGCCAGCCAUCAUAUGUGGUGUCAUAUAUUCAUUUCUUUAA